GUUGCACCAUGGCUCACAUCACCAAGACUCCCCCACUUGCACGCCGCAGGAAACCAAAGUCCUAGGACCGUUCGCUACAUGCACACGUUAUCCGCUCGCAGCACCGCUGUCCUUGCACCCUCGCCCUAUUCUUCGUCGCCCGCCCGCGCGCCGUAAGCAACCCCAUCAGGCCACCGUCUUCGGGCACAGGCACGCGCACGCCUGCCGUGUUCCGCCACGACUCCUGCGUACAUCCGCACCACGCGCUUCGACCCUGCUCCCGCGCGAGCGCUGCCCUCGACCAUGGCGACCGAGCUGAAGAUGCGGCAUCCGCCCGCAUCCGCCACAACCAUAGCCCCCGCGCCGCCCAAGAAAGACGUCGAGAAGAGCCCGCCAGCCUCGGGGCCUGCCGACGCGCACCCCAGCGGCAACGAGAAGCACGGCACCUGGACGCAGGCGCUGCGCAUGCUCCUCUUCUUCGUGUAUUUCAAUGGAGGCUGCAUCGCCAUCGCCGUCUCCCAGGUCAUCGGCGCCCCGCUGUACUUCUACAGCAGGGACCACUUCUAUGCGUGGAUGGCCAUGACGAAGCAGCAGUUUGGCGUGCUGGUCACCACCAUGACGCACUGGUGGGCACCCGUGAAGACGAGAGUCAGUGGGGAUGAGAGUGUGAGAGGGCAGUUGAGACAGACCGAGGACGGGAGACUCGAGACAGACUUCCCAGAGCGUCUUGUUCUGAUUGCGAACCACCAGAUCUACACCGACUGGGUCUACCUCUGGUGGGUCGCCUACACCAACAAGAUGCACGGCCACCUCUACAUCAUCCUCAAAGAGUCCAUCAAGUACAUCCCCGUGCUCGGCACUGGCAUGAUGUUCUACGGCUUCAUCUUCCUCUCGCGCAAGUGGGCAAAAGACAAAGAGCGCUUUCAGUAUCGCCUGCGCAAGCUCUCCUCCGCCCACCAGGGCCCCAUGUCCGGCUCUUCCUACCUCGAUCCCAUGUGGCUCCUCAUCUUCCCCGAGGGCACCAACCUCUCCGACAACGGCCGCGCGGGCUCCAAGAAGUGGGCCGACAAGAACGGCAUUCCCGACUUGAAGCAUGCCAUGCUGCCCCGCAGCACGGGCCUGUUGUUCUGUCUCCAGGAGCUCGAGAAGACGGUCGACUACAUGUACGACUGUACUGUCGCGUACGAAGGCGUGCCGCGUGGCCAAUACGGGCAAGACCUCUUCACGCUACGCUCCACCUACUUCGAAGGCCGCCCUCCCAAAUCCGUAAACAUGCAUUGGCGCCGCUUCCGCAUCGCCGACAUCCCAACGCACUCCGAAACCGCCUUCAGCGACUGGCUCCUCGACCGCUGGCGCGAGAAAGACGACCUGAUCGAGCACUACCUCGAGCACGGGCGGUUUCCCGCGGAUAGCGGCACUUCUCCCGCAGUCAACGGGGGAGCACCGCUCAAAGGUGCGGGAUGGAUUGAGACGGAGGUCCGGUCGAAGAAUCCCCUCGAGGUGUUCCAGAUUCUGGUUCCGGUUGCAGCGUUCGCGCUUGUCGUUAAUGUGGUGUUGAAGCUUUGCAACAUCGUUCUCAAGGUAUUUCAUGUGCGCUGAGCUCGGUGUGUGGAGGAGCAUGAACGAUUGAUAAUGACUAUCUGGGAUUGGUUGAUACGGAUUAUGAUGGGUCGGGAUGGGCUGUUCAGGUCACGGCGCUCGUAUUCGCAUUGCUGGCGUUUCUAUUCCCUCUGCGCUCCACUUCUGUCUGUCCUAGAAUACGGCUCGGCUAUAUACCCCUUACACGGCUCCACAAUACACUUUUCGUUCUUCUUCUUGCAGGAAUAUAUACCUGACAGCAUAGUACCCAUAGGUCUGGAUCGGAGCUAACAGGAAUAAGGCCUCACGAGAUCUUUGCGGUUCGUCCCGCGCCGAUGUGCUCCCGAUCCUGUCCACGUGCAUUGUG